AUGAUUAUCCCCAUCCGUUGCUUCUCCUGUGGAAAGGUCACUGGUGACCUCUGGGAGCGAUACCUUCAACUGAUCGCGGACGAACGCAAGACCGAUGGCGACGCUAUGGACGAGCUCGGUCUCAAGCGAUACUGCUGCCGCCGUAUGAUCAUGACCCACGUCGACCUUAUCGAGAAGCUCCUCAAGUACACUCCUGAUGGACGAAACGAGAAGAAGCAGCAAUUGAGCCAGAAUGUGUAG